AGGUUAUUUUUUAAAAAAGGCAGAGGCUUUUGGAAGUUUUGAACUUGAUUUUUCUUUAAUGGUGUCUUAUCAAGAAAGAAAUAGAAUCAGAGAGCAACAAUGGUGAAAAGAGAUAAAGAAGAACUAAGCGAAGAAGAAAGGAAAGCACUUCGAGGGAGCAAAUUUGCUCCUCUCCCUCCUCCCUCCCUUUCCAAACCCAGAUUGGCUCAUCCAGGAGGACCUUUAACAACCAAUAAAGCUGCUGCUUUGGCUAAAUUCCUCGAAAGGAAACUCCAAGAUCCCAACGGCUUGUCUUCCAUUAAUCCUCAACUCCUUGAAUUGGCUGUCAAUAACGCUAAAGCUACCGUCUUUCAAAGUGGGGCUUCGAGUUCUGGAACUAGGGUUCGACACGUAGAUUCAUUCGGUGACUCUGAGGACUCGUCGGAAGAAGCUAAGUCGGGAAUUCCUGAGCCUAAGAAAGAUACGAACAAGAACAAGAACAAGAACAAGAACAAGAACAAAAAGAAUAAAAAAAAGAACAAAAUGAAGAAGGUGGUGGAGGAUCAUGAAUGUACAUUGAAAAGACCUAAAAAGAAAGUCAAACUAUGAUCAAAUCAUUGCUUUAAUACUAGGUUUAAUUUCAAAAAAAAAAAAAAAAAGGAAGAAGAAAGAAAGUAGGACUUAAACACUGGGGGAAUCAUCAAAGAAGCAGAAAGGAUCACUGAGAAGUUGGAAAGCUCUGUUGGGAACCCUUAAUAUUUGGAGGGUGGUUCAUUUUAGGACAAAUUUACUUGUGUCCUUAGUUCAUUAAGUUAACAUUAAGUUCAUUGAUGAAUCUUUAUUGUUUUCUGGGUUGAAAUGGUGAAAUGAAAAUGAAUUCUCUCCCAUCAAAACAAACUACUGCUCUUACUAUUAGAGAAUUUAUAUGAUUCAUUGGAGAGUUUUUAUUAAACCAAA